UCUGCACGAGAAAGAGCUGCCGCCGGCCAGGGUCCCCGCCACGCUGCCUGCCGCCCCCACCCCCAUCGGCGCGCGCGCGCGCGCCCAGCCCCGCUGGCUGGCAGACACGCGCUCGCGCUGCCUCCCUUGGCUGGCCCCCACGCUGCCACCCCCGACUCCCCGAGGGUCCCGCAUCCAGAAAGUGAGCUCGGCUCCUGGAUCCGCAGCCUGGCGUCCCGGUGCGCACCAUGCGGACCCUGCUGCUGCUCGGGACCGUCGCGUUGCUGGCCUCCGCCGCCGGCCCAGCCAGGGCGCGCCCAUCCAACGACACGAGCGCAGUGGCCCCGGGCCCGCUGCCUGCGCUCCUCGCGCACCUGCGGCGCCUAACCGGGGCUCUGGCGGGCGGCGGGAGCGCGGCGGGCACCGGUGCCAACGCCACCAAGACCAGCUCCGCGGGUGGCGCGGGCGCAGCGGCACGGGCGCCCCCUCCGGCCGAGCUCUGCCACGGCUACUACGAUGUCAUGGGCCAGUACGACGCCACCUUCAACUGCAGCACCGGCUCCUACCGCUUCUGCUGCGGCACCUGCCACUACCGCUUUUGCUGCGAGCACCGCCACAUGCGCCUGGCUCAGGCCUCCUGCUCCAACUACGACACGCCACGCUGGGCUACCACGCCUCCUCCUCUAGCCGGAGGCGCCGGGGGCGCUGGGGGUGCGGGAGGGGGUCCCGGGCCGGGCCAGGCAGGGUGGCUGGAAGGGGGCCGGGCCGGGGGCGCUGGGGGACGUGGAGGCGAGGGUCCCGGGGGCAGCACCGCCUACGUGGUGUGCGGAGUCAUCAGCUUCGCCCUGGCGGUGGGCGUCGGUGCCAAAGUGGCCUUCAGCAAGGCGUCGCGUGCGCCCAGGGCGCACCGGGAGAUCAACGUGCCCAGAGCUCUGGUGGACAUUCUGAGGCAUCAAGCAGGACCCGCAGCCCGCCCGGACCGGGCUCGAAGCAGUUCUCUGACCCCAGGGCUAGGAGGCCCAGAGAGCGGGCCCCCCAGGACGCCCAAGAACCUUUACAACACCAUGAAGUCCUCCAACCUCGAUAACCUGCACUACAACGUCAACAGCCCCAAGCACCGUGCUGCCACACUGGACUGGCGAGCCAUGCCGCCACCCAGCCCCAACCUGCACUAUUCCACACUGUCCUGCUCUCGAUCCUUCCACAACCUCUCGCAUCUUCCCCCAUCCUAUGAGGCUGCUGUGAAAUCAGAACUGAAUCGCUACUCGUCUCUCAAGAGAUUGGCUGAGAAAGAUCUGGACGAAGCCUACCUGAAGCGCAGACAUCUGGAGAUGCCCCGUGGGACCCUGCCUUUGCAUGCACUCCGGCGGCCUGGCACUGGAGGCGGCUACCGCAUGGAUGGCUGGGGUGGUCCCGAGGAGCUGGGCCUGGCACCGGCACCCAACCCCCGGCGGGUUAUGUCCCAGGAGCACCUGCUGGGUGAUGGCCGAGCUUCCCGCUAUGAGUUCACACUGCCUCGAGCCCGUCUGGUGUCUCAGGAGCACCUGCUGCUGUCCUCGCCGGAGGCCCUUCGCCAGAGUCGAGAGCACCUGCUGUCACCCCCGCGAAGCCCAGCACUGCCCCCGGAUCCCACCACCCGGGCCAGCCUGGCUGCCUCACACUCCAACCUGCUGCUGGGGCCCGGGGGCCCCCCCACACCGCUGCACGGGCUGCCUCCGUCGGGCCUGCAUGCCCACCAUCACCAUGCCCUUCACGGCUCCCCUCAGCCAGCCUGGAUGUCCGAUGCAGGUGGGGGCGGGGGCACACUGGCCCGCAGGCCACCCUUCCAGCGCCAGGGCACCCUGGAGCAACUUCAGUUCAUUCCCGGCCACCACCUGCCACAGCACCUGCGCACUGCCAGCAAGAACGAAGUGACUGUCUGAGGCCCGGAUGGAGCGCUGGGGGCUGUGGCUUCUGCGGCCCCCUCCUCCCGGCCCAGAUCUCCAUCACAGGCUUACCAUACACACCAAGGGUCGACGGGGCCCUUGGAUCGGAGACCAUGCCUCCUUUUGGGAUGUCGCAGUAGAUGAGAUCUCUCUUCCUACUUUGUCACUGUUUGAACCAAGGCCUCCUUCCCAUGAUGUCAUCACAGAGGAAGAGGCCUGUACAUGAGGUCAUCGCUGGCAAAUAUGUCUGUGCUGUCUGAUGCCGUCGCAGGGACUAAACCUCCUUCCGAUGAGGUCACCACAGAGGAAGAGGCCUGCCCGUGAGGUCAUCACUAGAGGCUGUGUCCAUUUUGCAUGACAUCGCCACAGAUACUCCUUUCCUGUGAUGUCACCACAGACAAUGCCUUGUCCCAUCCCGUCAUCCCUAGAAGCAAAGAUUUCUUCCUGCGAUGUCACCAGAGAGACAGUUCUCGCACGCCUUGAUGUCACCCUGAUCGCCAGGGCCUCUUAAAAUUGUCAUCACAGGAAAAAUAAAACGUUUCUCUGCUAUGGAGAAGACGCCUCCAUCCCAUAAUGCCAUGACUACAGACGAAGCCAUUUCCCUGGGACACAUUGCAGGGGACCAUGCCCGGCCAUCUGUGUCCUCACUAAAGAUUAGGCCUCCUUUCCACAACGUUGUCACAGGAUGUUGCCUCCUUCCUGUGACGCCAUCACCAGAAUGGGUGCCUUACCCGACGGCGCCAUCACAGGGACUGUGCCUCUUCACUCGAUGUCAUUACCAGACAUGGCCACCUGUUCCGGGGACCUCUACGGGAUGAGACCCUUCUGGGGGUGACCACCAGUUACCAUGCCCUUGGAAACGACACCGGGAGACACCUCUACUGCUCUGCCCUGUUGUGAGAAAGUCGGGCAUUAUCCCAGCCCCAGACCAUUCCGGAAGAUGCCAGGGGAAGUAGCCUUACAUGAGGUGUAAUAUGAGGUUGUCAGCACUGGGGAUGCCAAGACAAGAUCUUUCUACGGGAGGCUGGUGAUGAUGCCCUCCAUUGUUUGGACAUCGUCGUAAAGGGUUUCCUUCUCAGAGGCACCCCCCACUCCAGAUGACCGCCAGUAGUGAUUAUGUCAUCAGAGCCCUUGUCUCGCUUCCCUAUAACUUAGCUCCAUGGCUUCUUCCCACGACCCCAGGGACAUGGCCAACAUGAUGUCUACCAUUGCCUGCCUCUAAAGGAAGGUUGGGCCUGUGUGGUGAGUCCUUGGGGAUGACCACCCAUGGAUGAGCUUCAGCUCCAAGGAGGCCACUUUGAUCCAUGAGGCUUCUAAAAUCCUGGGACUCAUAGGUGGGCCAAAGACUGGCAUCACGUCUUUCUGCCAUAUCUAAAGACAUCAACUCUGUUGACAGAGCUCCCAUCUCCUGACAAAGGGGGAGGGUUGGGGUGUAUGUGUUGCUGAUUGUUGCCAAUGACAUCACCAAUGCUACCCAGUGUCCUCCUUUCAUGAUGGCAUAGCAGUUGGGGUCCAGUGUUAACCAUGUCAUUUCCCAGGAUUCCAGAAGACUCACCUCAACUAGCAUAUCGUUGCCUACCAGGAAUUACCACCACUAACUGUGUCACCAUUGCGUCCCAAGAUUCCUCACAACCAUGGUGUCAUCACAUACCAUGUCAUCAUCAUCUCCCAUGACCUAUCAUGAUGUGCCAGCAUCUACACAAACAUGUUCUCAUCACCUCCCAGAAUCCAUCGCAACAUGCUUACCUCAUCGUCUCCCAGGAUCCAUCCCCACAAACACACAGUCUUCUUCGUCUUACAGGAUCCAUCAGAAUCAAUCCCCACCAUGCUGUCCUCACCUCCCAGGAGCCACUACAACCAUGGUGUUCCUGUCUCCCCAACUGUGCCGUGACCAAUGAUGUCCUUACCUUCCAAUACCCAUUAUGCCUUGUGGUGGCACUCUCUAAGAGGACUUGGUGGCCCUGGCAGUGCCAGUGUUUCUCAGAAUUCCUUAUAAUGGCAGGGUUGUCAUCUCCCGGGAUCACUUUAACCAUGUCUUCAUGUCUCAGUAGCCACCAGAGCUAUGAUGUCACCACCUCAUGAAAUCCACGGUGGUGUCCCUGGAUUCAUGCAACCAUUCUCCGUCACACCUGGAUCCAUUUAAUAGUAUCACAAUUACAGUCUACAAGAGCCCACGAGAGUCGUAGCGUCAUCACCUGCCAGGCCGCAUGUCAGCCCUGUCCCAUCUCGAUUCAUCAGGAUUUACCGUAACCAUGGUGCCGUCACCUCCAAUCAGCCAUAGCAGCCAAUGGUGUCUUCAUCUCCCAGGCCCCGCUUUAACCCCGGUGUCUCCAUGACCUAGGCUUCCCUGAGAUCCAGUGAUGUCAUUACCCUUGGGGUCCACCAUAGCCAUGGUGUCGUCACCCCCCCAGAACCCACGUUAAAACGAUGUGUCAUCGUCACCCGGAUCUCUGCAUCCUCAUCUUCCGGGACCCAUGGCACGUGUGUGCCGUCUGUCGGGAUCCACCGUCUUAGGGUCCAAAUGGGGUGAGAGGCUGUGUUUCAGUUGUCCUCUGGGGUCUCGUGGCAUUUACAGUUCCUCCCUUCAGGGGAACCAGCACAACAGGCCAUCUCCCACUCCCUCCAACGGACUAGCGCGGAGCCAGCUGCCUCCCUCCGAUAAUGACACACGUGCACGCACGCACGUGUGCACACACACUCCGACCCCUGAUGACGUCACUGCCUCCCUCCUGAUCCGGACAGACACCUGGGUCGGCUUCCCCGACUUCCUCGGCCUUUGCCCACUGUGCUGGACCCGCCUUCAACUUCCUGGUGAGGACAGCAAGAAGAGCGGGCACCUGGUGCGGGGUGUAGGGUGGGGGUGUUUUUGGUUUUGGAAUAAACAGCUGGUUUUUUCCUGA